GUUUUCUUUUUCCUUGUAAACAAACAUAACCUUUACACCUUGGAGUGGACUUUUCUGGUCUGGAGUAAUUUUCAUUUUAUAGCAAUAAUUUUCAUUAGAUUAGUGGCGUCUGUCUCUUUACUUUUCUAAUAAGAUCAUUAUAUCUUCCCAAACUUUGAAUAUAACCCUCCUCAAAAAUGUUGAAGACAGUUUUGCAGCUUUCAAGAACUGGUUGUCAAAGAAACCUCCUCGAGAUUGCCAAGUGCAGCAUGUCCUCAGAGGCAGGUUCAGUUGGUAAUUUCAAGACUUUAGCUGUCUCCGUGCCUCAACCAUAUGUUUACCAUGUUGAACUCAACAGAGCCGACCGUCUAAAUGCGCUCAACAACACGAUGUGGCUCGAGAUUGGAGAAUGUUUUACACAGCUGGGUGCUGCAGCUGAUUGCAGAGCGGUUGUCCUUUCUGGGGCUGGGAAACUAUUUUGUUCGGGACUGGAUUUCCAGGAUAUGAUGACGUUAGGUUCAAAGCUGAGUGAAGAGGAAGAUGUUGCACGAAGGUGUAAGAUUCUCUCUGCCACCAUCAAGGCAUACCAAAAUUCCCUCACUGCUUUGGAAAAGUGCCACAAGCCUGUGAUCGGAGCAGUACAUAAUGCUUGUAUUGGCGGAGGAAUCAACUUGAUUGCAGCCACGGAUAUCAGAUAUUGCACGAAUGACGCUUGGUUUCAAGUCAAAGAAGUUGACUUAGGUUUAACAGCAGAUGUAGGAGUGCUACAGAGGCUACCCCGACUCAUUGGCAACGCUUCUCUAGUCAAUGAGUUGUGUUUCACAGCGCGCAAGCUGCCAGCUGCUGAGGCGGCCGCUGCCGGACUGGUCAGCAAGUUGUUUGACACAAAAGACUCGAUGAUUGCCGAGGCAGUAUCAGUGGCCAAAAGCAUUGCAGAGAAGAGCCCUGUGGCUGUGCAAGGGACUAAACGGAGCCUCUUGUACUCUCGGGAGCAUACUGUACAGGAGGGGCUGGAUCAUGUGGCUGAUUGGAACCAGAUUAUGCUGCAAAGUGAGGAUUUUAUGAAUGCGAGUGUUGCUCUGGCCACUAAAAGUCCUCCUCCCAUCUUCUCCAAACUUUAAUAUCUUGCUUGAUACCAAGUGGCUUAAUGUAUUCAUAUUAGGAGUAUAAGAUGCUAAUUACAGGGCUUUUCAAACACCAAUCAUAAAUUUGUAUAGAAUUUUGUUUUUAUGAAGACUGAAUAGCUAUUGUAUUGUCUGUUACUACUUUUUGUAUAAUAUUUAUCUUCUGAGCUCAAUAAGAUACAGUCCUGAGCUCAAUAAGCUACAGUCCAGUAAUCAUUUUGAUUUCUCUUUGGAAAUCCAUCUGCUUUUGCAUUCAUAUUCAACUCGAAGCAUGUCUUGUAAUGUGUCAUAUUUUGUCAAGAGAUAUUGCUUUCAUUAUUGAUUUUAUACCUUUAGAAGUGGAGUGUACUAUAAAAGGAUGGAAAUGUAUUAAAAUAUACUAUAACGUGCGUAUACAGUAGAUAUUUUACUAUUAUAUUAUCAACAUAUUUUGAUUGUAGAUUUAUAUUUUUAUAUGAAUGUUGAAUUAAAAGAGUAAUU